UAAGUUGCCUCGAGUUUGCCACAAAGUAUUUUAAGUGAGAUUGUGCCGACAUAUAGGACUUUUCUUACAAUCUACUUUGCAAUAAGUGAUAUGAUUACAUCAGAUAUGAAAUUCAUGUUUCUUGCAUUUUUAAUUAUUAUGACAUUCUCAGAAGAGUCAGAAGGAAGAUUGCAGAACAUAUCGUCGUUUCUUCAAAACGAAUUCUUAAAUUUGUUCUUUCCUAAGGACCCUGGUUUAGUGAGAGUAAGAAGAAUGGAUCGAGUCGAAGAAAUGAUGAGUGGAAAAAUAUUGGAUUUUAUUGGCUUGAUAGAACGAUAUAAUUAUCCCGCUGAGGAGCACUACGUCACAACGGAGGAUGGUUACAAUUUGAAAAUACACAGGAUACCUGGAAGUCCAUUAUCGGAUAAUAAGAAAAAGAAGGAAAUUAUAUUUAUGCAACACGGUCUUUUGGCUUCAUCUGAUUCCUGGGUAAUGUACGGUCCUGGUAAAGAUCUUGCAUUUUUAUUGACAGAUCAAGGAUAUGACGUAUGGAUUGGAAAUGUAAGAGGAAAUAGUUACUGCAGAUCGCAUGUAAAUAUGACGACAUACGAUCCCAAAUUCUGGCAAUAUAGCUUUUACGAGAUUGGAACAAAAGAUCUGCCGGCCAUGUUCGAUUACAUUCUCAAUUAUACAAAGCAAAAAGAUUUAUAUUAUAUCGGUCAUUCAAUGGGAGGUACUACGCUGCUCACUCUUCUGUCAACAAAACCAGAAUAUAAUAUAAAAAUAAAAAUGGCUAUUAGUCUGGCUCCUGCUUGUUUUUGGAUAAAAGUGACACCUAUAAUUAAUGAAAUUGCUAACAUUUAUCCAAUAUUGAUGGAAGUUCUACGAGAGCGUGAAAUAUACGAUUUUUUCCCACAAUCUUUAGCGACUGUUACAGUAGGAAGAAUGUUAUGUAAAGAUAAUACGAUGACUCAAAUUAUUUGCGUCACUGCAUUAUUUUUAAUCGUCGGUUCUGAUCCAGCACAACUUAACACUACAAUCCUGCCAGAUUUAUUCUCCUAUCUUCCAGCUGGUACUUCUACACAAACAUUAGAGCAUUUUUACCAAAAUAUACGUAUAAAUGACUUUAGAAACUAUGAUUAUGGAAUAGCUGAAAACUAUAAGCGAUACAAACAGAAAACACCCCCAAGUUAUGAUCUCAAAAAGAUAAUUGCUCCAAUAAUUAUAUUUUACUCAACAAAUGAUAUGAUUGUCACAGAAGAGAAUGCGUUGGAACUUGGCAAACACUUACCAAAUGUUCUUCUAACUGAGAAAGUUCCAUUUAAACUUUUCAAUCAUGCAGAUUUCGUGUGGGCAAUCAACGCGAAAACUCUUUUAUACGAUCGUGUGUUGGAACUAAUACAAAAGUUUGAUACUGACCAAAAUAAGUCUAUGAAAUAAAUUUAAUCGAUAAAUGUAAAUUAAAUGGAGAGAAAUCCUAAACUCUCCGUACAUAUAAUUUGAAAUGGUAGUAAACGUAGAAUUGCUAAAAAAUUGAUUAAAUAACUAUAUGCGUGCGCGCGCGCGCGCGUGUGUGUGUAUUUCUUUAAAUUCAC